AUGGAGAAGAUGGAACAUUUCAGCCAUAUCCACCCUCUUCUAUUAAAGUGGGAACUGAGAAAUGUCAAUGAGCGAGUCAUUUGCUCAGGUUGUGAAAAAACAAUUUCAGGUCCUGUAUUCAGCUGCGAUCAAUGCAACUAUAUCCUUCACAAAACAUGUGCAGAAAUGGCACGUCAUGUAAAACACCCAUUUCAUCCUGAACACCCCCUUGUUCUCCUUUCCACCUCCCCUUAUGAAGCACCCUACAUAUGUGAUUCUUGUAGAGGUCGCUUCCAAAAAUUCGUGUACCAUUGUUAUAUCUGCAGUUAUGACCUUGACGUGUCAUGUGCUGCUCAGUGCAACCCAGAUGAUGGUCAUGAGCACGAGUUUAUGUCAGUGACUAAUCCACAAUCGUUUGUCUGUUAUGCUUGUGGAUUGCAAGGAAACGCGGGUCGCGCUUGCCUAUGCACCAUUUGUCAGAUUUGGGUUCAUUCUAGCUGUGCUGAAUUGCCUCCUACUGUUAGAAUAAAAAGCCAUGACCACCCUUUGAAACUCACUUAUGCCCUUCAUCACGUUUAUGGUUUCUGGGGUAACAUAACUUGUGGUGUUUGUGAUGGAGCAAUGAGUGCAGCUUUUGCGGGCUACUUUUGUUCAACGUGCGGAUUUCCCGUGCAUUUGAAGUGUCCACAACAAGAUUUAAGAGAUGAGUGUGAGGCCGCAACAGAAGAUGAGGAAUCAUCCACGGACUACGAAAUUGAGGAAUCCUUGGAUAUUGAUUUUACUUGUAAUUUCUUUGGUCAUGAACAUUUGUUAAAGUUGACGGAUGAAGAGAGUGAUCUGCCAUAUUCUGGUAAACUCUGUGAUGGGUGUAUCCAACCCAUCAUGCCACCAUUCCUUUCUUGUGAAGAAGAAAAUUGCGGAUUCUUUUUGCACCAAAGUUGUGUUGAAUUACCUAGAACAAAACAACACCCGUUUCAUGCACACCCUCUAACCCUUCUCCCCAAGGCACCUAAUUAUGAUGGCAUUUACAGGUGUGAUGGAUGCAAAAGAUUGAGCAAUGGUUUUGUGUAUCGUUGUGAUGUGUGUCAAUUCGACCUUGAUGUUUGUUGUGGGUCCCUUCAAGAGAGAAUUGAACAUGAAAGUCACAUGCAUCCCUUGCUCCUCAAGAAGACAACCGUUGCUAGGCAAUGCAUAGGUUGUCAUCGUUGGUCGAAGCAUGUAUUUAUGUGUGAUGUUUGUGAGGAUUUUGCUAUUGAUUGUGGAUGUGCUACUCUACCGCGUAAGGCAUGGCACAUGUAUGACAAGCAUCCUCUAAGUCUGAACUAUUUUGUUGAAGGGGGUUUGAGGGAAUAUGAAUGUGGCAUUUGCAAUGAAAAAACAAGUCCGAAGCAAUGGCUUUACUACUGUGAUGACUGUGACUCUCGUGCUCAUCCUUACUGUGUUGAAGGCAAAUCUAGGCUUGUCAAGUUCGGAGGCAGUGUCCAAUAUGAUGUUCACUCACACCCUCUAGAUUUGGUUGAAGGAACAGAGCAGGAAACUACAUGUGAAGCAUGUGGUGAAUGCUGCAAUGGCUGGACUCUUGAAUGUGACCAAUGUAAAUGCUACUUUCAUCGAGAAGGACAGUGCUUUUGGAAAGAGUUUAGAAAGAGCGCAAAGUAUUUGGAGUUGUCAGGAAUUAUGCGACACAGGUAUGCAGCAAACGUGUUGGCCUCCACGCCCAAUGUAACCACAAAGUGA